UUGUGCAGCCCAAGGUAACACAGCAGAUCUACCCCUGAUAAAGACAAACACGACCAUGAUGAAGGCAAAGACAUGGGUGAUCGCGAAAUUGUUCGAUGGGGAACCAACGGAAUCCAACUUUCGCCUCAUCGAGGAAGAGGUGCCGUCGCCGAAGCAGGGAGAGUUUGUGUGCGAGGCCCUGUAUCUAAGUGUUAGUCCAUACGAAAGUAGCAGCUCCGAUAAAGCUCCUCUUGGAUCAGCACUGAUGGGGCAUCAAGUAUCACGAGUGACAGACACCAAGAACAGCGAGUACCCUGUUGGGACGUUGAUCCAGUGUUACAGUGGGUGGCGGAGCAGGUCGUUGAUAAACCCUAAAGAAAACCCCGAGGCUCUCAAGCUUCUAAAAGUGCCCAACCUCGCUGGAAAAGAACCUUCUCUGGCUCUUGGAGUCAUGGGGAUACCAGGAGUGACUGCCUAUCGGGGUCUCCUGGAGGUGUGUGAGCCCAAAGCUGGGGACACGGUGCUGGUCAGCGGGGCAGCAGGGGCAGUGGGCAGUGUGGUUGGACAGAUCGCCAAGAUCAAGGGCUGCAAGGUGAUUGGGUUUGGCGGAUCGAAGGAGAAGUGUGAUUGGUUGAAGAGUCUUGGAUUUGAUCACGUGUUCAACUAUAAGGAAGUGAAUCUGGACGAUGCACUCACAUCCGCUGCUCCAAAUGGUGUCGACUGUUUCUUUGACAGCGUCGGCGGCGAAGUCUCCUGCCGCGUGCUGCAGCACAUGAACGACCUAGGACGCGUCUGCGUGAGUGGCGCAAUGUCCUCCUACAACUACGGUGACAAACAGCCUCUGAUGCCGUCGCCAUUCCACGCCUGUCUGUACAAGAGACUGAAAAUACAGGGAUUUUCAGUUUCGAGCUGUGACGCCCGAUUCGAGGAGAGCAGAACUCAGAUCUUCAAGUGGAUGAAUGAGGACAAGGUCAAGUACAAAGAAGAGGUUCAAGAAGGGUUUGAAAAGAUGCCAAAGGCUUUCCUGACUGCAUUGAAGGGGAAGGUCGCAGGGAAAAUAAUUGUGAAAGUUUAGACUGGUUUAGCUAUAAUGUAAUAAUGCCAAUAUAGGCGCGGGUAAGGGUGAAAUGUGGGUGAAAUUAAGUCAGUAUUUGACAGUGGGGAUUAUAUAUGUUACUGCCAAUAAUGUCAUUAUAGCAUAAUGCCAUUAUAUGGCAAAUAUUUUACUAAAACCGAAGGAUAUGUUUCACAAUUUGCUGUGCCAAGCGUACUUCACAAUAAUCAAAUGUAAAAGUAUAUCGAGUAAAAUUAUGUUCUGUUCUGAUAA